CUGGUAGCUCUAGCUCCGGUUUGAGAGACGGCUGUUGUCUGUUUCCUGCAGGAGAGAGGAGGUAAGCUGAAAGCUGAUUGACUCCAGGAAGAUACACCAGCAUUGUAACCUUAUCAACUUUACAGUACAAUGAAACUGCCUGCCGUCCUACCCUCUAUUGAUUUAAACUACAUCACCAUAUUGCUGGUAACAUGGAUUUACACUCCUGCAAGAAGCGAGAUAACAAGUCUUGAUAGCGGAAAUAUCGACGAAACCUUAAACAAUGCUGGUGUUGCUUUAGUGAAUUUUUACGCAGACUGGUGUCGGUUCAGUCAGAUGCUCCACCCAAUCUUUGAAGAGUCUUCCAAUGUGGUCCGAGAGGAGUUCCCAGACCUCAAGCAGGUGGUCUUCGCCAGGGUAGACUGCGACCAGCACUCUGACAUUGCCAUGAGGUACAGGAUCAGCAAGUACCCCACGCUCAAGCUGUUCCGUAAUGGCAUGAUGAUGAAGCGCGAGUACCGGGGUCAGAGGUCGGUCUCGGCCAUCGCUGACUUCAUCAGGCAGCAGAAGGUGGACCCUGUGAAGGAGAUGCAUGACCUGGAGGAGCUGAAAGCACUCGAUAGAAGUAAACGAAACAUCAUUGGCUAUUUUGAGGGAAAGGAUUCCGAAAACUACCGAACAUUUGAGAAAGUGGCAAAUAUCUUACGAGAUGAUUGUGUCUUCCUUGCUGCACACGGGAGUCUUUCGAAGCCUGAGAGGUUUAGUGGUGACAAUGUGAUUUACAAGCCACCUGGGGAUAACUCCCCAGAUAUGGUGUACCUGGGCUCCUUGAGUAAUUUUGACCUUACCUACACUUGGGCACAAGACAAAUGUGUUCCCAUGGUUCGAGAAAUCACAUUUGAGAACGGAGAGGAGCUCACAGAAGAAGGCCUCCCGUUCCUCAUACUGUUCCACCUUAAAGAAGAUACCGAGAGUCUUGAGAAAUUCCAGCACGAGGCGGCGAGGCAGCUGAUCGGAGAGAAAGGUACAAUUAACUUUCUGCAUGCGGACUGUGAAAAGUUCAGACACCCUCUCCUGCACAUCCAGAAGACCCCAGCUGACUGCCCAGUCAUUGCCAUCGAUAGUUUCAGGCACAUGUACGUCUUUCCAGAUUUCAGCGACUUGACUAUCCCAGGUAAGCUGAAGCAGUUUGUACAGGAUUUGCACUCUGGAAAACUACACAGGGAGUUCCAUCAUGGGCCUGACCCCACUGAUGUCACCCCCGGACAGCAGGAAAACCAAGAAGAGAUAGCAAGCAAUCCCCCUGAGAGCUCCUUCCAGAAACUGGCGCCCAGCGAAACAAGAUACACCAUCCUCAACAGGGACCGGGACGAACUGUAACACACGAGGACUGACUUCAAGAACAUUUGCAAGCCUUGAAAAAUGGGAGCAACGGCCCCUGUGCUGUGAAAAUAAUAUAUAUUUUCAUAACUCUUAUGUGUACAAUUUUAUUUUGGAUAAAACAGGAGAAAAGGAUCUCCUUGACAAAAGGAAAAAAAUAAAUAUUUUAAUUUUUUUUUUUUUUUUUUUUUUUCCCUAGAAGCUUGUAAAUAAAGUCUGUGCUUGGUAGGUCUUUCUAUGUAGUAGCAAUGUUUUUCCCCACCCAUACUAUAGAAAUUGUCAGGCACCAUACUUGGAUAACUCUAAAAUGUGUUUCUUUCUAUAAAUUAAUGAAUAAUGCCAGUUAUUUAAUUUCCAGGCGUGGUCAGAAUUUGUGGGUGUCGUCCUGCACAACUCCCCCUGCAAGAGGGUUCCUCGUUUUCUGUUGUCUCCAGUCCAAGAGCAUGUGCUUUUAAUUUUUUUUAUUUUUUUUUAUAUGAAUUUACUUUCACCAGAGCCACAGAACUGCUACUUGGGUCAUUGCAGCCCAUUCGAACGGUGGUGGAUGCGAGGCACUUUCUUGUUACGUACAUAUCUUGAGGGUAGGAGGGGGGGAAAAAAUAAAUUCAAACUUUUUAAAAGGCC